AACAACGCAGCAGCAGCGGCUUCUUCCUUCCUUUACUUGUCUGAAAGGCGAUCAACGACAGAGCUACAGCCUGAGGCUCAAGAUUGCGCGGCCGAUGUCCGCCAACCUAGCGUUGCAGCUGUGGGGUCUUUAAAAAAAAUCUUUCUGCUUCAUGCCGACCGUCUAUAAAGAGCUGAACAGGAAUGGAGAGGUGGAUUUAUUCUCUUUUCUGGGAAUACCAUUCUUCCUUCAACGCGCAAAGCCACUACUACAAGUAGUAUAUGAAGAAAAACGAGCGGCACAGUCGAUAGCAGCCCAGGGCCCCUGACACAUCACGUUCAGGCUAGUCCAUUUUCUCCAAAGAUUAUUGUCGCCGGUCUACGGCUAGCUUCACCUAUCAUCCGACUCCUCAGAUGCUCUUGGUCGCGGCCCCAUACUGGUUACGAGACGGAAAGUAAUUAGUUCUCGAAACCCGGCAUUUGCCUCCACUCGGUGCAACUGCAAGUGAUAGUCGGACGUCCAUGCACAGCACAGCGGAAUGUUGCUGGAGGCGUCAAAGGCACUAGUCGGUCGGGAGGACAUCCUCAAGCGUCUUCACGGCAACUUCUUCCUUCCGGCGUCGCAGGGCAAGCUGCGACCCGGAGAGAGCCGCAAGACGGUCGGCUAUGGAGGCCAUCGUCGACGAUGUGUGCCAAUAACCGCCGUUACGCAGGUUCUCUGCGGCCUCAGUGGCAUUGGCAAAUCCUCAAUCGUACAGGAAUACGUACACCGGCACCUGCAGAGCAGCGCACAUCGAAAGAUCGCCGCUCACCACUAUCAGCCUACUGGCGAGAGCAAGCCGCGUAGCGAGCCGCGCAGGCACAAUCGCCGUCGGUCGGCCUCGCACUGCUACACGGGUGGCGUGGUGCAGCUGAAUCUGGCCAGUCCGCAAGCACUCAGCUCCAGUAUACAGCAUGCCACGGUCACGACAUCAUCGGGGAGUUCCGCAUCCUGCUGUGACAGGCUCGGCUGGUGCGGAGAACGGGACAUGAUUGACUGGUGUCGCCGAUCGAAGAACUGGCUGCUGAUCCUGGAGAAUGUUGAUGGCGCAUCUAUGCUUAUGGAAGCUGGCAGCGCUGUUUGGGAACAUCUCCUGCCAGCAGUUGCAGACAGAGGCCACUGCCUCAUUGUAACACAGUCCAGCAUCCUGCCGUGCUGGCUGCAACCUCAUGUAGCGUGCAAGAUAGAUGUCCCGCCAUUGUCCGCCGAGAUAGCGCUGUCUCUCUUCCGAACAGUGCUCGGCCAAGCAACUGAUUCGCGUUGCACCGGAGUCAUCACGCAAGACCAGACUAGCGUCUGCCGCAGUUCAGCAUCCACAGUGAAGUCGCGGCUCGGAAGAAUGGCGCCUGCCGUGGAGGCAGAAGUAAGAAGGCUGGUGUCUAGCGAGGGCAACCUAUCCGGUGUCCCAGCAGCUAUUGAAAUGGCAGCGGCGUAUUUUGUGCAGCACUCCUUUGACAAUGCUGACCAGGAAAAUCCUGGCCUGGAAGCGGUUUCUGCUUUGUCGCAUGCACUACAAAGUGACCGGUCAAAGUUUGAUGAACUGAAACACGUGGACAAAGUCCACCAUGGCUCAGGCGUUCAAGUACCGGCCACGCAAACAGCACCGGGACAAGAAGGACAUGCUGCCAUGCGGGGGCUUCUACAGGCUGCACUGUGCCACCUAUCAAGUGCAGCACGGCAGCUGUGCCUUCUCCUGGCCUUCCUGAGUCCUGACCACAUCGGCCUGGACAUGUUUGUUCUGGGCAAGGAGGCACUGCCUUCGGAGCUUCGCAGCGUGGUGGAUGACCGUGGUGAGCAUGGUCUGCUGGACCUGCUGUGUGAGCUCCGACUAUACACAUUAGUACAACUAUGUACAGCUAGAUACCCCAGACUUGGCAACGUUAGCAGCCCCAGCAGCAGAGCACUGUACCGUUCUCAUGCGACUUCACAAACUAGGUACAGUGCAGUGAGCAUCCAUCGACUCGUUCAGAGUGCAAUACGAUCACACGUCGUGGGGCUGUGUAAUGCCACUACCGACCUGGAGUCUGGCCCGCCGCACCGGACUCCAGAGUACCAGUGGGUGGUGAGCUGCACGCUGAACAUGCUGUGCUUGAGUGCAAAUCGCCACACUCGCCUGCACAACGAGGUCUAUCUCCUGCCGCACAUGCUGUCGUUCUAUGAGCACGUCUACCGGUAUGUGCCAGGUAACCAACGGGCUGACGGCAUGCAGAAAGCAACUGCCGGGGACACCACACCAAAGCCCCGACCUUUCCCGGACAGUCACUCGCCGGUGCAAGCGGUUUCUGGCGGUGCUGAGAGCAAGUCUGAUCGAGGGGCCGAACAGCUCCAGUGGUGUUUCUUCCUGGAAGAGAUCUAUCAACUAAGCCGCAUCAAACAUUGCUUACUUGUGCCGCCAGAUGGCUACAGUAUCGGGCAAGAAGCUGGUCUCCUCCUGGCGCGCAGUGGCUUGCUGCAAGGCCUGGUUUCGGUGCCUGUCGACGAAGAGUUCCUUCUCAAAUUGGCGCAUGAGCAACAGACGGAAGACUGGAGGUCAUGUAUCGCCUCCAAACUCCAGCUCAUCACUCGAGUCCUGGAGCAAUGCCCACGCCAGCAUCUACGACUUGUCCUCCAAGCAGCGCUACAUAGCAUGCCCUGGCUCGGUGCGACGGGCCAUGGGCCGGAUGGCGACCAACCGUGGACGGGUGUAGCCGUGGAGAGGUGGAUGAAUGUAAGCGGGAUGGUGAACAGUAUCCAGCAGCCAGCUGGCGAGGGCCAGAAAGGAAUGGAAAGUGCGUUUCUUGCACUUGUGUUUGCUGUCUACACCAUAAACAGACAACUGUACGAGAUUGUCGUAGCGUUUGCUUUCGGGGCUAGUCCCUCCCCGGCGUGUGCGGAAGUUGUCGUCCUGACUGCAGCCAAGAUGCCUGCGCAUAUACACAACGCGCUAGGUAUGCACAACUCGCUUCCAACACCCCGGCGAAAGGCAUUCGACUCGCCGGCGAGCGACCAAGAUAGCGCCUUGCCACGGAGCAGCAGCAAGGUCGGCUUCUGGCUUGUUUCUGCCAUCGAGGCCGUUGUUCGCCAACUGCUGCUCGCCAGGUACAACGCCUUUUUCCAUUCUCCCCUGUCAUCACCGGUAGUAGUUAGCGUUCCGGUUGUCAUUGCAGCGUUCGUGUGCUUCAUGCUGCUCUGCUGCCAGCAGGACGCCGCUGGCGAUUCGCGAACUGCAAUGGCCAAACGUCAGAUGUCUGAGCGCCUUCGCACUAUACUGCAGAGUUUCGAGGAUGAGGUGUUCCACUACCAUGGCGCCAGGAUAGUCGGCAUGCUGUAUUCGCUGGCAGCGAACGAAUCGCCCGCCGAAGUCCUCGGCCGAGGCUUGCGACAGAUUGACCGACUGGAUUGACCCAUCAUUGAGUGGUUCCACACCUCUGUCAUGCACAUUACCAAAAUUUAAUUCAAAGUGGUGUGAACAGUGAUCGUGGCAUGUGGGCAGCGGAGACAGCAUGGCCGGAAUCAUGUCACUGUAGCUCUGAUAGAUGCAGGAGUCGAGUGGAGCUGGAACCAACACGGCUGUCCUGUACGGUCAUGUGAUAGAUGUGCAUCAGCUGCAUAGGCAUGGCGCAGAGUCCCCGUGUUUGCAGUAUGGGCCGCCUUGCGGGAUCAGUCUCCUGCUGGCUGGCCCACGAGCAUGCAGCUUGCGUGGUGGUACAACACGGAUAUCAGUUCUGUCACGCAUGGGCGGUUGUGAGCGCGAAGCGCAACAUACCGUACUUGCGCGAUUUGAGCCCUCUCUUGAAUAAUGCCCCGGUCUCUGAAAGCCAGUGAAAAAUAAAGCCCUCUCUUGAAUAGUGCCCCCCC